UCCCGUCACAAAUGCAACUAAAUUAUUUCUUUUCCAACGGAGCACCAAUAAUCUCAGUAUUCGACUUGAGCCAGGAUCUCUAGCAAUGCAAUCAUUAUCUUGAAAAGUGCGCUUCUUCAGAACCUAGCUUCCUCCUCACUAUUGAGCUUCGUUUAUCUUCACUACCACACACUCCAAACCAUGUCGCCCUUUUCUUGUAAUCGAAGCCUCCUCUUCGUCGCUCUUCUUCAGCUUCAGGUCACCACCUUUGCUGCCGCCGAGUGCACUGGAUUCUUCUGUCCAGAAAAUCCAUACACUCGACACAACAACGAAGAGACCGAAGAGGAGCCCUGCAUCGGAUUUGGUUGCAACGAGGAAGAUUCCCAAGAAGAAGAACCUUCGUCCAACAGCAUGCUGGGUGAGUGCACAAUGGUCUCUCUUGAGAUGGACACAGACUCUCGGCCUGAAGACACCACCUUUGAGCUGGUCUGCAACGACAUCCACCUCUGGCAGUACCCAAGUGACCAACUUCUCCAGCGCGGCGCAUACGACAAACUCAGUGUUGACUCCUGUGUCUACAUGCGUGAUGACUCGUGCUGUGAAUUUGUCAUCAAGGACCAAGGCAGAGACGGAUUGAUGGCGGGUGACUAUGCUGCCUUGUCUUUGAAGGUUGACGGAGAAGAAAUCCUGUCCUACAACACAAUGGAUAGCCCUCCCUUUGAGAGUUUGACCCGCACCUUUGGCUCCGCUUGCCGAGAUGCUGUUGUCCCCGUUGAAGAAACCAAGAAGGACGAACCUAUUGAAUCCUGCGAUGGAGAAGACGAAACUCUCGCUCGCUUUGAGAUUACUCUGGACGACAAGCCUGAAGAGACGAGCUGGUACUUGAUCUGCGACGACCGCAUCUCAGGCAACUUGCUGACCCUCUGGAACAGACCUCGUGGUACCCUGUCCACACCCACAGAAGCUAUUGUCGAAACGGCAUGUAUUGCACCAACGAGCACCUGUGCCUUCUCAAUCGUGGAUAGUGCGGGAGACGGCCUUGACUUUGGAGGAUAUUCUCUGACCUUUGGAAGCAAUCUGAUUGAUCUCUACGAUACAGAACCCUUUGAUGAAAAGUCCUACUGCAUUGGCCGCCUUUGCGCUGAAAACCUUCAGAAUGCUGCUGAAAAGACUUUGGCAUCGACUCUGAUUACUGACUACUCCCACGAGCAGCUUGAGAAAAUGGGAGAAGCCGUAGGGAAUGCAGUCGACGCGCUUGUGUUUGACUCCAAGGAAGAAGUGAAGGACGAAGUGAGCGAGAUCGCACAAAAGAUCUUUGGAGAUGACGAUGAGUCGUCGAGCAGCGACGACACAGACUCGGACAACGACGACGACCUGUCGGACUCCGACGAUGAACCAGGAUCUUCCAACCAAAACCGGCGGCCCGAUUCACACUUCAUCUCUGAGGGCUCCGGCAGUGGAGUCUCGUUGGAGGCUUGGGCAUAUGCUGUCCUCGGUGUCGCAGCCCUCAUGGGGGCCAUUCUUCUCUUCGCUGCCUGUGCAUUGGAUAGAGCGACCCCACCAGGCCAAUCAUCGAGCGACGCGGCAAGGGAUGCUUUGUCCCCCUCAAAGAGCGGUGAAAGUGAUGACGCAUCCACCUUCCUUGGUGACGAGGAGGAACCAGCACCAGUAUGAGAUACAGAUGCUAGCUGAGCUACUAUUGUUUACGUGCCUGAUAGAAUGCCAAAGACGUUUCUGUACAAUUUUGGAACGCCUGUUCCGGCCUCCGGCCUCCAGCAUCAAUAAUCAAGACUUUGCAUUACUACUACAUAAACUAGGGACCGCAUUUUGAACUACCCG